GUCACGGUGACCACAACAUAAAAUGACACAUCUUGUGAUCACAUUUAAAAUGGAAUUUACUUCCAGUGAGAAAUUUUUAACUGACUCAUUUUAACUCUUUACUGCAUCUACUACCAAUUUAAUUAGUUAGCUGAACGUUAAUAUCAUCAGUGAACGUGCUACAAAACAAAGUGUUUUAGCAAGGUUGGUGCUAAAAAGUUUCGUUUGACAUCAGAUUUGGGCAUCACAUUUUCACUCGUGAAAUCUCAAAAUGGGAAACAUAUGUCCUGGUUCUACGAAGGCCAACGGGGGGGCACGUUUCGGGGGGCACAUUGAAGAAUCUCAACCCUCAGACCUGGACGAUACCCCUGAUUGGACUCAAGAAAAUCUUAACGCUCAGUUGAACGAGUUGAUGAAAGCCAUGCAACAACACAAUUUGAGACGAAUGCGAGUAGAAUUGGAAACGGAUAUGAACACGUUUAUGCUCAACAACUUGUUAAUGUGCAUCCAGUUCUUUGACAAUUUCGAAAGGUCAAAAGAUGCUUCGACUCAUUUCAAGCGAGAAAAGGAAUCUGAAAUCAAUGAGAAGCUCGCCCAAUCUCCCCAGGAAGGAAUGAUUCUGGGAGAAAGGCGUUGUCACCUGCUUCACGGAAUGGUACAUAUUCUGGCCAAGAACUACAUCUACCGGUCCCCCGACAACGCGGGGGAGGAGGAGUAUUACGGGGACUACUACUUCGGGUCCGACCCAAAGAACACGUUCAUGAGCGAAGGGAUCAUCCCCCUCGAGUUCCUCAUGACGUGGGACAAUCUGGAGCUGUACAAGAAUUCAGAGUGGGACAUGUUGCAAGCUAUGACGUACUCUUCCGCCAAAGGGUCCCCUCCCAUCCUCCGAUUUUGCAUGGAAGAACCCGACAACAAGAACAAAAUUCCACGAGGCUAUUUGAGGCUGAGAAGCGUAGACGUGACAGCAGAUGUUUAUAAACCAUUAACCACAGAAUCAGGGUAUGACUACGCCUACGCUGGUAGAUUUAGUGAUAAGGCGUCCGAGGCCGCCUCCGACUCUGCGGACGGAUUAUCCGAGUACUCUGGAAGCGAUGUCGAUGCCGACGACCUCAAGAGCAAAAUGUUAAAUUCUCGCAGUUAUCUUCAUACAGCGGUGUCUAGGCCGAUGGGUCCGGCAGAGCCCACGUCGUCUGGAGCAAUGACCUCCUGGGAGCGACCGAGACCUUUAUUAGCUCCAUCAACACCGAGUAGACCUUCCCCAGAGAAAAACAAACCAAAUCCAAACAUGCAAAGGCGAAAUAGCGGAGUGAUGCCUACCAACUACCCCCAGCUUGGAAAACUAGUUAGCAUUAAGCCCAAAAUUAACUUGGCUGUUAACGAGCCCUUAAUUCCAAUGUUGGAAAUACACGAACCGACAACGCCAGAGAUAAGUUCUCCUUCCCCACAAUAUCCUUACGGCCCUACCUCGAUGAACUCGCUCUAUCCACCAACCAACCCUGCGAGACCACGCUUCAAAGGCAAAUCUUCACCUGCCAAUGGAUAUUCAUCCAGCUCAGGAUAUGACACGAUGGAUGGUGCAAAGUCUCGAAAUAGUUCCGUCGCGACGGUUGGGAGCGCAGAAAUCCGAAUCAAAUGGCAACAAGUGGAGCUGAAGCAAUUAUUCCAGUAUCCGGCACGAAAGCGGGGUCGAGCAGAUAUCGAUGCAGAGAAGCAAGACCCACUUUCUUCUAACUGCUUCUACCCCGUGAAUUUGGAGAUCUCUUCGGACGAAGAAUCUGACGCCGAGGAUGACAGCGACUCUUCAUUCGAGUCAGACAGCGAGAAGGCGGCCAAGGAGCCAAAAUGCGAGACGCGCUAUUACCUCAACUCCACCCAGUUCUCGUCAGAGUACUGCUCAGAAUUUCAUUACAUGGGAAUCAAAGGCGGACUUCCCCCCAGUGCGGUGAAUCAGGCCGUCGUGCUAGGCACGUCAGUGAGGGCAGCAGUGGCAUACAAUAAUGAUCACGAAGACGAAGAGCCCUUUCACGUUACGCACACUUUUACCCCCGCAAUCCACAGCAAAUCGUGGCCCACCAGCUACUACUUCUGGUUCAACCAACGAAUGUUCAACAGGAAGAAUAGGUCAGAGUUGGAUGAUCGCUGGCCAAGUGCAGAUCAGGUGGAAAAGAUUGAGAAACUGGGUUCCAAUGCCGUUCCUCUUGGGUUUCGACCUAUUGAAUUUUUCAACACGCAUCAAAGUUUAGAAUGGCAGGUCAACUUCCUUCCGGCAGAAUCACUUCUUUUUGACAGCUUUAAAAGUGUCCACUGGCGAGUCUACAUAUUUGCUGCAAUUAUAUUUCGUGCCUUCAUUGCCCCGCUUGGACCUCAAGGGAUUGGUGUGGAACACAUUCGCAACAUAAUUUACUUCAUGUGCCACGAGGACUUUGUGGGUUGGAACGACGAGCAGCCUGGGGUCCACUUGCGAGCAGUGAUCAGCAAACUCUUUGACUGCUUGGGCAAGGGGAAAAUGCCCAACUUUUUCAUCCAGUCUCAGGAUUUACUGAAAAGCAUUCCUACUCAAAAUUCUCGCCUUGUCCAAGCCCAUCUCAGCAAGUUGAAAGACAAUUUGGUAGUUUACUGCAUUUACGCUUUCAGGAACUUGACGGUCGUUCAACCAGAGGACACAUUUUACCCGAUGCCAAAUUUCAAGAAGCUCUACAACAUCAUCACAGUGCCACAUGAAAGAGACUUGUUGCAAAUUAAUACUCCUGGCCUUGGAUUAGGCGGUAUGAGCACCAUGGAUGACGAAGUUCGCCCAAAGAAAGCUAAUCGAAACAAAAAGAAACCCAAAAUUGACCUGGAACUAUUGGAAAAAGAGGAUGCUAUUGAGGGCGAAUUUAGGGCAUUAAGCGUGACUCGACCCGUUGAGAAACCAGACAAAAUGCAAAGAAAAUUGCGAAAAAGACAUUUAGAUUAUAAAUUAAAAAUGGAAGAAAUUGCAAGAGAACAAAAAAAUAAAAAGCUUUCGCCGGAUGACAAAAUCCCACUCUCGGAGAGGAGAAAGUCUAUCGAUUUAAAGCAAAGUCCGAUUAUCCAAGAAAAGUUCAGCCCUCUUCGAAAAGUCCUCGUCAUCGAGUUCUUCAUCAAACACUUUAUAAAUAUGGCCAAGAAAUCCAACGAGUUCAGGGCGUAUUCUCAGUCAGCCAUGUACAUUAUGCAGGUGGAAAACUUGUGCGCUAUCUUGCUCGAAGGAAAUUAUGACUUUGGUCAAACCACUUUGGACGAAGAAACCAUCGAGGAGUACAAAAAAAAAUGCGAAGUGUUACGAGAGGUGGUUGGAAAGGAAAUGCGAGAUUAUGUCCUCGCAAGAUUCUCACAUUUAAAUCUUCCCACUCUCACCAACCACACCCAUAACGUUUUCGGAGAAUGGAGUAAAAAUCGGACAUUUCACAAUAACUGGGACUUUAGAAAACUGCCAACUCCACCUGGCUCACACGUGGAUCCGGCAGAAUUCGAACAGAUGGUGCAGAAACAACAAACCCACAAAGAAUUGCGAAAAAUCCCCCCGACAAAUAAAAAACUGGAGACGCCCAACAUUGCACGAACUUUGCAGUCAAUUCAACCUCUCAGCCCAAUUCCAUCAGAAGCAUCAUCCGCAAAACUUGCAAGACGAGCGGAAUCAAUAAAGUUUAUAGACAAGCCGGUGGGGAUGAAAAAAUCGGCUUCGAGGCAAUCCAUCAUUUUAGUGGACGAAUUUGAAUCUACCGACUUGUAAUAAGUGACAGUAGAAAAGAUUAUUUUUAAAGUAUGCGUAAAUUUGUAUGGAAUUUCAAUUUAGCUAAAUUUUUGAAGUAUUUGUUGUGAAUGACAGGCAUGAUUAGAUAGUGUAUAACUUGAAUAAGUGGCUUACAUACCUUAAUCCCGUGUUCCAUGUAGUAGUCCGCGGUGCCCAUGCUUCCAUAGAGCUUGUACCCAAUUUUAUGCAGAGUCCGAACACUUUCCAGAAACUCUGCCUUGUGCUGCGCAAUUUGUGAAUGGUCAUUUCAAAGUCAAUUAUUUAUAUCAUACAGUAAAACGUCUUUCACUUGAAGCCGCUAAUAAAUUAUUGUACCUUGUAAGUUCCAAUGGAGA